UCUCUUCAUCCUGAGCCUGCGUACUGGCUUCCCUGCUGUAUCUCUCCAUUUGUUGGAGUCCUCACUGUGAAUCUGGAUAGAAGGUGCACCAGGGUAUACUACCUUCUUCAAGGGCGCUUUUCAUGGGAUAUUCUUUCUCACAAUGGCUCAUGCAGCAUCCCAGUUAAAGAAGGGACGGGAUCUGGAAAUUAAUGCAGAGGAGGAAGCUAAAGAGAAACGAAGGCACAGGAAGCGCUCCAGGGAUCGAAAGAAAAAGUCAGACACAAGUGCAAGUUACUUGAGAGCUGCCCGGGCUGGUAAUAUAGAAAAGGCCCUUGAUUAUUUGAAAAAUGGAGUAGACAUCAACGUCUGCAAUCAGAAUGGACUGAAUGCUCUCCAUCUUGCAUCCAAAGAAGGACAUGUAGAAAUAGUUUCGGAACUGAUACAACGAGGCGCUAAUGUUGACGCAUCUACAAAGAAAGGCAACACUGCUCUUCACAUAGCAUCCUUAGCAGGACAAGCGGAAGUAGUAAAAGUUUUGGUAACGAAUGGCGCUAAUGUUAAUGCACAGUCCCAGAAUGGCUUUACGCCACUAUAUAUGGCUGCACAGGAGAACCACUUGGAUGUUGUGAAGUUCUUGCUGGACAAUGGGGCGAGUCAAAGUCUUGCUACAGAGGACGGCUUUACACCUCUGGCAGUUGCUUUACAGCAGGGUCAUGACCAAGUGGUGUCUCAGCUCCUGGAAAAUGACACAAAAGGAAAGGUUCGCCUUCCGGCACUCCACAUCGCUGCCAGGAAGGAUGACACAAAAGCUGCAGCACUUCUCCUGCAAAAUGACCACAAUGCCGAUGUGGAGUCCAAGAGUGGCUUUACACCCUUGCACAUAGCUGCGCAUUACGGGAACAAUAACGUGGCCACCCUACUACUAAGCCGGGGUGCAGCUGUGGAUUUCACUGCCAGAAAUGACAUUACUCCCUUACACGUGGCUUCCAAGAGAGGUAACGGCAAUAUGGUGAAACUUCUGCUUGAUCGAGGAGCUAAAAUCGAUGCCAAAACAAGAGAUGGUCUGACACCUCUGCAUUGCGGAGCAAGGAGCGGCCAUGAACAAGUUGUAGAAAUGCUAUUGGACAGAGGAGCUCCUAUUCUUUCCAAAACCAAGAAUGGUCUGUCACCGCUGCACAUGGCAACCCAAGGAGAUCAUUUGAACUGUGUUCAGCUGCUGCUCCUACAUAAUGUGCCUGUGGAUGAUGUCACUAAUGACUAUUUAACAGCGCUGCACGUCGCCGCCCACUGUGGACAUUACAAAGUCGCUAAAGUCCUGCUGGAUAAGAAAGCCAACCCAAACGCCAAAGCACUGAAUGGCUUUACACCACUUCACAUUGCCUGCAAGAAGAACCGGACUAAAGUAAUGGAGCUUCUGCUGAAGCAUGGGGCAUCUAUUCAGGCAGUCACAGAGUCUGGACUGACGCCAAUCCACGUUGCUGCCUUCAUGGGACAUGUCAAUAUUGUUUCCCAGUUAACGCAUCAUGGAGCAUCACCUAACACAACUAACGUGAGAGGAGAGACUGCGUUGCAUAUGGCCGCCAGAGCGGGUCAGUCAGAAGUUGUCCGAUACCUUUUGCAAAAUGGAGCUCAAGUAGAAGCUAAAGCGAAGGAUGAUCAGACACCUCUGCACAUAUCAGCUCGAUUGGGAAAAGCAGACAUAGUUCAACAAUUACUUAAGCAAGGAGCAUGUCCAGAUGCAUCAACAACAUCUGGCUAUACUCCACUGCACCUGGCUUCCAGAGAGGGACAUGAUGAUGUGGCUUCUGUUCUACUGGACCAUGGAGCUUCCUAUUCUAUAGUCACAAAGAAAGGAUUUACUCCUCUACAUGUCGCUGCAAAAUAUGGGAAGCUUGAAGUUGCCAAACUGCUAUUACAGAAAAGUGCAUCGCCAGAUGCUGCAGGAAAGACCGGUCUAACGCCACUGCAUGUUGCGGCACACUAUGAUAACCAGAAAGUGGCAUUACUAUUGUUGGAUAAAGGAGCAUCCCCUCAUGGAGCUGCAAAGAAUGGGUACACACCUCUACACAUUGCUGCAAAGAAAAACCAGAUGGAAAUAGCCACCACACUACUGGAAUAUGGGGCAGAUGCCAAUGCAGUGACCAAGCAAGGAAUUGCCCCCAUUCAUCUUGCCGCCCAAGAAGGCCAUGUGGACAUGGUGUCAUUGCUGCUCACAAGAAAUGCUAAUGUCCAUGUUAGCAACAAGAGUGGGCUCACGCCUCUUCAUCUGGCAGCACAGGAGGAUAGAGUGGGGGUGGCCCAGGUUCUGACCAAUAAUGGAGCAGGCACUGACGGUACAACAAAGAUGGGAUAUACUCCUUUGCAUGUGGCAAGUCAUUACGGGAACAUUAAAAUGGUGAAUUUCCUGCUGCAGCACGGUGCUAAAGUAAAUGCCAAAACCAGAAAUGGAUACACUGCUCUACAUCAGGCUGCUCAGCAAGGACAUACCCAUAUCAUUAACGCGUUGCUCCAGCAUGGUGCUUCCCCCAAUGAAGUCACAGUGAAUGGCAACACUGCUCUGGCUAUAGCUCGCCGACUGGGUUAUAUUUCAGUGGUGGAUACACUGAAAGUGGUGACGGAGGAAACCCUGAUGACAAUUAUGGUGACUGAAAAACAUAAAAUGAAUGUCCCAGAAACAAUGAACGAGGUUUUGGACAUGUCGGAUGAUGAAGUUCGUAGAGCCAAUAUACCUGAAAUUCUCAGCGAUGCUGAGUAUUUGUCAGAAGGGGAUGAAGGUGAGGAUGCUUUGACGGGUGACACUGACAAGUACCUUGGACCACAAGACCUGAAAGAACUGGGGGACGAUUCUUUACCCCAAGAAGGGUAUAUGGGCUUCAGUCUAGGAGCCAGAUCUGCCAGCCUCCGCUCCUUCAGUUCGGAUAGGUCCUAUACACUGAACAGGAGUUCCUUCGCUCGGGACAGUAUGAUGAUCGAAGAACUCCUCGCGCCUUCAAAGGAACAGCAUCUUUCAUUUACAAGAGAAUUUGAUUCUGACUCACUGAGACACUAUAGCUGGGCUGCAGACACGCUGGACAAUGUCAAUCUCGUCUCAAGUCCAGUGCAUUCUGGUUUUUUGGUUAGCUUCAUGGUGGAUGCACGUGGGGGUUCUAUGAGGGGGAGUCGGCACAAUGGAAUGAGAAUUGUCAUACCGCCAAGGAAAUGCACAGCACCUACCCGCAUUACCUGUCGUUUGGUCAAAAGGCACAAACUAGCAACUCCUCCACCAAUGGUAGAAGGAGAAGGAUUGGCAAGUCGGCUGGUUGAAAUGGGCCCAGCAGGGGCUCAGUUUUUGGGACCUGUGAUAGUAGAAAUUCCCCAUUUUGGAUCAAUGAGAAGUAAAGAGAGGGAAUUGAUUGUACUGAGAAGUGAGAAUGGAGACUCAUGGAAAGAGCAUCAAUACGACUGCAAGCUGGAGGAGCUGACUGAAUUACUCAAUGGCAUGGAUGAAGAACUGGACUGUGCAGAAGAAUUGGAGAAAAAAAGGAUAUGCAGAAUUGUUACCAAGGAUUUCCCUCAAUACUUUGCUGUUGUGUCUCGGAUAAAGCAAGAGAGUAACCAGAUUGGACCUGAAGGUGGUGUUCUGAGGAGUACAACGGUCCCACUUGUUCAAGCAUCCUUCCCAGAGGGGGCACUGACUAAAAAAAUUCGAGUGGGCCUUCAGGCACAGCCGGUACCCGAUGAACUUGUCAAGAAAGUAAUUGGAAACAAAGCAACAUUCAGCCCCAUUGUGACAGUUGAACCAAGAAGACGGAAAUUCCACAAACCAAUAACUAUGACGAUUCCAGUACCACCCCCAUCUGGUGAAGGUGUAAGCAAUGGCUAUAAAGGAGACACCACCCCAAGUUUGAGGCUACUGUGCAGUAUUACGGGUGGGACGUCUCCAGCUCAGUGGGAGGAUAUUACAGGGACUACGCCUUUGACCUUUGUCAGUGACUGUGUCUCUUUUACAACAAAUGUAUCUGCCAGAUUUUGGCUGGGUGACUGCCAUCAAAUCCCUGAAACAGUAAGCCUAGCGACACAACUUUACCGAGAGUUGAUAUGUGUUCCUUACAUGGCCAAGUUUGUUGUUUUUGCUAAACUGAACGACCCCGUAGAAGCCCGCCUGCGUUGCUUCUGUAUGACUGAUGACAAAGUGGACAAAACUCUGGAACAGCAAGAAAACUUCGAAGAAGUUGCUAGAAGUAAAGACAUUGAGGUUCUAGAAGGAAAGACAAUCCACGUUGAUUGCUACGGAAAUCUAGCUCCACUAACUAAAGGAGGACAACAGCUUGUAUUCAAUUUCUAUGCUUUUAAAGAAAAUAGACUACCGUUUUCUGUUAAGGUAAGAGACCCCAGCCAAGAACCGUGUGGUCGCUUGUCCUUUUUGAAAGAGCCAAAGACAACAAAAGGCCUGCCACAGACCGCUGUCUGCAACCUCAACAUAACUCUUCCAACGCAGAAGAAGGAAACAGAGUCAGACCAAGAUGAUGAGAUGGAGAAAGUGGACCGUCGUCAGAACUUUGUGUCUUUAGCCUUGCGUAAGCGAUACAGCUAUUUGACUGAGCCUGGAAUGAAACCGGUUGAACGGAGCACAGGAACAACAAGACCUGUCCCUGCCACUUAUGCAUACAAGCCAGGCUUUCAAACAAGACCCUAUCAGUCAUGGACAACUGCUCCAAUUACAGUCCCUGGGCAGGCCAAAUCAGGCUUUACCUCCCUGUCAAGCUCUUCCUCCAAUACACCAUCAGCAUCCCCAUUAAAAUCAAUCUGGUCUGUCUCCUCUGCUUCUCCAAUAAAAUCCACACUAGGAGCUUCUACUACAUCUUCUGUUAAAUCUGUUAGUGAUGUAGCAUCACCAAUAAGAUCAUUUCGGACAAUCGCUUCGCCAAUAAAAACUGUUGUGUCUCAACCCCCGUAUACAAUUCAAGGAUCUGUUGGUUCACCAAUUAGGGCUUCAACAAUGGCAGAAGCUCCUGCUUUCAAGGGAUUGUCUUCCACCUCAGUUUUCACUUCCAGAACUUCUCCAGUGACCACAGCUGGGUCUCUUUUAGAAAGAUCAUCCAUUACAAUGACACCUCCAGCCUCCCCUAAAUCUAACAUCAAUAUGUAUUCUUCAACUUUGCCAUUUAAAUCAAUCAUUACUUCUGCAGGGUCACUUUCAUCUUCAGCUCUAAAAUCAGUGGUUUCUCCCGCAGUCUCCACUGCUUCUAAAGUGAACAUUGCAUCUACUCUUUCUUCACCAUUAAAGAUUGGGAAUGGUCCAAGUGAGGUUGGAUUAAUGAAUGGGUCUGCUUCACCUCUAAAGUACCCACUGUGUUCAAAUUACAUCAACGGAUCAGCUGUAAAUUUGCAAGAUAAAAUAUCGGCAGUUACAAAAUCAGCAACAGCUUCAGUUAGCACAACAAUUGACACCGCUGAAAAAAGCUACUCCAUUCCCACUACUUCGCAAAUGUCAUAUUCACCUCUCAAGUCUUUUGCAUCAACAGCUUCAGCUUUUCAGACCAUAAGAACUCCCCCUACUGGUGCAGUGUACACAUCUUUUAGGUCUGCUAUGUCCUCUACUACCUCAUCUGUUACAUCAUCAACCUUUACUGUACCAGUUUAUUCUGUAGUAAAUGUUUUGUCAGAACCAACCUUAAAGAAACUGACAGAGUCUGCAUCAUUGACUAAAUCUGCUGCUGCUCUGUUAUCACCAUCAAAAAAUGCAUCAGCAGAGACAACCAGUCAGUUUAGUCGAAUAUCUUCGCCUCUUAAAACAUCCUUAUUUUUGUCUCCUGCUGCCCUCAAGUUAUCUGCUACCUCUCCAUUGUCCUCAAGUCAGGAGAUCUUAAAAGAUGUUGCUGAUAUGAAAGAAGACUUAAUAAGGAUGACAGCAAUUUUACAGACUGAUAUUUCUGAGGAUAAACCAUACCACUCAGAAGUAACUAAGGAAGUUAGAAUUGAAGAUGAAGAGCCAUUUAAAAUUGUAGAGAAAGUAAAAGAAGACCUGGUCAAAGUCAGUGAAAUUUUGAAAAAAGAUGUGUUUUUGGAAAAAAUGGCAGCUGCAUGUGCUCAGGGGCAAUCACCAGAAGAUGAAUGGGUAGAAUUUAGUAGGGACGACCUUGAAGAAGCUAGAGAGUGUUCCAGCAGCACCCCACUAUUUUACCCAACAGACAAAGUGGAAUUAAAAUCUAGAACGUUAUCAGAAAAAGACUAUAAUUUAACAAAGGUCAUUGAUUACUUGACAAAUGACAUUGGUGGGAGCACAUUUUCAAACUUGAAAUACAAGUAUGAUGAUGGGAAAAAAGAAGGAGAGGAGAAGCAAAAAAGAGUUUUGAAACCAGCUAUAGCACUACAGGAUCAUAAACUCAAAAUGCCCCCAUCAUCAAUGAGAUCUUCAGCUUCUGAAAAAGAGUUGUGUAAAAUUGCAGACUCUGUCUUUGGAACAGACAUGAUUUUAGAGUCACCAGAUGAUUUUUCACAACAUGAGCAGGAUAAAAGUCCUUUGUCUGAUAGUGGAUUUGAAACAAGAAGUGAAAAAACUCCAUCUGCUCCUCAGAGUGCUGAAAGCACUGGUCCUAAGCCACUUUUUCAUGAUGUGCCAAUCCCACCAGUGAUUACUGAAACAAGAACAGAAGUUGUACAUGUUAUAAGAAGCUAUGAGCCAUCAAGUGGGGAGGUUAUGGAAUCUGAAAAAGGGGAAACUCAACAUAUGAAAUCAGAUAAAUCUUUUAUGGAGCUAGAACAAUGUUCACCUGGAUCUAUAAAAGCCAAAAGUAAGGGAUUUCAGCUUAAAGCUGGAAUCGAUGAAGAAGACCAUACAGGGGUGUUGGGAAAGGGAGUAAGAGUAAAAGAAGAAACUCAUAUCACAACUACUACAAGAAUGGUUUAUCAUCAACCUCCUCCUUCUGAAAAAUCUGACAGAAUAGAGGAAACUAUGUCUGUCCAUGACAUAAUGAAAGCUUUCCAGACGGGCCGAGAUCCAUCUAAAGAGCUGGCAGGUCUGUUUGAACACAAAACGUCACUAGCUUCGGAUGUUAAGAAGUGUACAGAGAGCCCACAACAACUUGCUGAAAGGGACACCAAAAUGAAACCAAAACUGGAGCGCAUAAUUGAGGUCCAUAUUGAAAAAGGUAACCAAGCUGAACCUACAGAAGUCAUUAUUAGAGAAACAAAAAAACAUCCAGAAAAGGAGAUGUAUGUUUAUCAAAGGGACUUAAGUCAGGGAGAUCUAAACAACAAAGAUAUGGUAACAGAAAGAAGUAAAAUCUUUCCAUACUCAGAUGAGCAAGGGCAGGCUGAAGAAGAGGAGCUAACAGCAGAAGAGUCUUUGCCAUCUUAUUUAGAGUCCUCAAGAGUAAAUACCCCAUUAUCUCAAGAAGAAGACAGCCGCCCAAGUUCAGCUCAGCUUAUCUCUGAUGACUCAUACAAAACACUAAAAUUAUUAAGUCAGCAUUCAGUAGAGUAUCAUGAUGAUGAAUUAUCAGAACUAAGAGGGGAGUCAUACCGAUUUGCUGAAAAAAUGCUCCUUUCUGAAAAACUAGAUGACGCAGAGGAAUCAGACCAUGCUCUACUCCUUGGGUCGGACUUCCACCGCACUGAAAAGCACUGCAGAGAGAGAGAAAAAGUGAUCCCCACUCCUAAAAAGGAAAUUCUUUCAAAAAUAUACAAAGAUGUAACUGAAAAUGGUGUAGGUAAAAUGUCCACUGAUGACUCUCGUGAUAAAGUGACAGUGUUGCAUUAUGCUGGAGAUCCCAAAAGCCCCAAACAUGCAAUGUGGAUGCGAUUUACUGAGGAUAGGCUAGAUAGGGGUAGAGAGAAGUUGUUAUAUGAAGACAGAGUAGACAGGACUGUUAAAGAGGCAGAAGAAAAAUUGACUGAAGUAUCACAGUUUUUUCGGGACAAAACUGAGAAACUAAAUGAUGAGCUUCAGUCACCAGAGAAGACACCCCGCAGAAAGGGCAGAAACGAGGUAACCUCAGGUUGCAGUUCUACUAACAGUAGUCCUGAGAAAAUUAAGUUUACUGAAAUGAGAACAUCCAGUGAUGACUGGACAAAAACUCACCAGUUUAUGACCGAUGGAAAAUGUGUCACCUUGGCUGAUGACCGAAAAGCUACAAGUUUGCCUUGCAGUCCGGAAAAGAGGGCUUUUGACCACAAGGCAGAGAGUCAACAAUCAGGGUCACAAUCUGGCUUUCAACUAACACAAUCAAAGCUUAGCUCUAUUAAACUAAAAUUUGAGCAAAGUAUAAAUCUUAAAAACAAGGACAGUUCACAGGAUGAAAAAAAGCAUGAGUCUCCAUCAAAAAUUCCAGUAAAAAAAACACAGGACCGUCGACUUCCAUUUUUUCAGUUCCACACAAAGGAUAAACAACAAAAGACAAUUGAUGAAAUGAAUGGAGAGCUACCUUUGCUCAAGGAGUCCAUUACUGAAGCCAUUAAUGAAGAAUGUUCCAAAUUCAAGGAAAAGAUUAAAAAUAGUGCUGGAUUUUUAGAUCAGAAACCUGACAAAUUGAUUGGAGGACUAAAAGAGCAAUUUCUGCCACAGUCAGCAAACACAACAACUGGCCAUACUGUUUCCCCAGACAAGAAAGUUUACAGAACAUGGGAAAUGUCUGGCAGCGCUAAUCAGAAAACACAGAAGGAAAAGCAUACACAUGUUAUCAUACAGGACAAAGAUUCAGAAAUGGAUGGUACUCAUCUUCCAGCCCAACAAACUGUUAAAGAGCAAACACCGACCAGGAAUGGAUCUUCCACGGAAGAAAUAAAGGAGAAUUAUGUUAAAUCUCCUUCUAAAAAACUUUUAUACACUGAACUUGCUCGUAAGGAUGUAGGAUAUACCAGUGAAGAAAAAUCUGAGAGCAGGAAAGUAGGGACAGAUUCUCAUAUUUCUGGUAGAGUUACUGACGAGAAGCAAGGAUUAAGCAGUGUUGAUAAUAUUAGUAGCCAAUCAAAAAUUGAUAGGGAAUGUACUAAUACACUAAUAUCAUCAAUAACUAAGCAGGUUAAGCCUGAUAUUCUUCAUUCUGCUUUUAUUACUGAUGAAAGCAAUAGACGCAUUAGUAGUGGCCUGCAAGGCAAUGUACAAGAUUAUCUAGGGUUUUCACCUUAUAAUGAAGAUACUGAGCAAUCCCCAGAUUCUUUAGACAAUAGUCCUAGCAAAGACAGAUUAGCUGGCUUGCAUGAAUCUAUGACAUCUGAGGACAGAAAUUCAAUAGCAAAUGCAGAAGCGUUAAAGGAGAUAAAAACACUACCAGUUUAUGUUAGUAUUGUGCAGGUAGGAAAACAAUAUGAGAAAGAGGUGCAGCAGGGAGGUGUUAAAACAGUAGUUAGCCAAGAGAGUAGGACAGUUCAGGAAACAAGAGGUACACUUUUUUCUAUUAAACCACAGAAACAGCCCCCAUCUCCUCAGGGCAGCCCUGAAGAUGAUACCCUGGAACAAGUGUCCUUUAUAGAUAGCUCAGGAAAAAGUCCUUUAACUCCAGAGACACCUAGUUCAGAGGAAGUUAGUUAUGAAUUUAAUUCCAAAACUCCUGACUCAUUAAUGCCAUAUAUACCAGGAAUGCCAAGUCCAAUACCUGAAGUCUCUGAAGAAUCAGAGGAGGAAGAUGUAGUCAGAUUACCAUCCAUUAAACAAAGCAUCCCAGAUGCCCAAAAUCAUGACAUAGCAAAACCAAUAACACUUAGCAAGGACUCAUAUAAAAGAACAAAGGACAAUAGAGUGGCAUAUAUUGAAUUUCCCCCUCCACCUCCUCUAGAUUCUGAAAACAGUGAUUCAAGUAGAAAAAAUCUGGAGAAUUCAACAGACAGUGAAAUGGAACUUACUGAAGUUAAUUUACAAGAUGAUCAGGACAAAUUUCUUUCAGCUGAACCAGUAAUUAAAGUGCAACCACCGUCUCCUGUCCCCCUUGAAUUCGAUGCCAGUGAUUCAAGUGAUGAUGAAUCUGUUCUCCAGCCUAUUGCAAUUAAAAAGUAUACAUUUAAAAUGAAAAAUGAAGAAGUAAAAGAAUGUACAAAGAUAAAUUGUUCUGGGAAGCCCUGUCCUCAAAAACAAUCCAAUGAAACAGAUAUGGGUUUAACCUCCCCAUCUAAUGACCUAGAGCAAAAUGGUAAUGGUAAUGACCAGUCUAUUACUGACUGUUCUAUAGCAACCACUGCAGAAUUCUCACACGAUACUGAUGCAACUGAGAUUGAUUCUCUGGAUGGUUAUGAUCUACAAGAUGAAGAUGAUGGGCUGACUGAGAUUGAGACAAAACUUGGGCCGUUGCAGGAUGUUGAAGUAAAAAAGGAGCCAUGGGCUAAAGAGAGUGUUCUGAAACUUAGUGAUCGCAGUUUUAGCCAGAGUAAACUUGAAGUUAUAGAAGAAGAAAAGGGAGUAACUGAGGAAUACAAGCCAUGCAGAAAAAUAUCCGAUGGUGAAAAGAACACUGAUGAAAGUGACAAGAAACAAGAGGCACCGUGCUAUUCCUUGGAAGGAAGGCAUCCAGAUAGACCAGUGUUUCCAGACACAUACUUUAGUUACAAGGUAGACGAAGAGUUUGCAACACCUUUCAAAACAGUAGCUACCAAGAGCCUUGACUUUGAUCCUUGGUCCAGUAAACCAGGAGAUGAUGAUGUGUUUGAAACAAAAUCCAAAGAUGAAGAACCCAAGCCUUUUAGUCUAGCUGUAGAAGAUCGUUCCCAAGCAACUACACCAGACACAACUCCAGCCAGAACUCCUACAGAUGAAAGUACACCAACUAGUGAGCCCAAUCCCUUCCCGUUUCAUGAAGGGAAGAUGUUUGAGAUGACUCGCAGUGGUGCUAUUGACAUGAGCAAGAGGGAUUUUGUUGAAGAAAGACUCCAAUUUUUCCAGAUUGGUGAGCAUAAUUCUGAAGGGAAGUCAGGGGACAAGGGGGAAGGGGACAAAAUUACUGCCAUCACACCUCCACAGUCAGGGGACAUCUUGGUAGAUCCCAUCCUAGAAAAACAAGUAGAGACAUCUGCAGUUGAACAUUCUACCAUCCAGGGAAAUGGAGAUUGUCUUGAUGCAACAAAUGGUAAUAAUUCAUUGGAGAAACCAACAGCUACUGCCAGUUGUAAAGUUGAUCCUAAAUUGCGCACACCUAUAAAGAUGGGCAUAUCUGCCUCAACAAUGAGCACGAAGAAAGAUGGCACUGGAGAAGUGGCAGAUAAAACAGAGGCUGUGCCAGAUUCUCAUUUACUAGAUAAUGAUAAGACUGUUUUGUCAAACAUAUCAACCAGUGAGACAAUCAUUAGUCACAUAGAAAUACAUGAUUUUCAGACAGAAAACUAUAACAAUAACAACAACUUGGAUUCAUUAGCUUUAAGUUUAAAUAAUAAUGCAAUUAAUUUGGUAUUGAGUAAAGACUGUGAAUCCAAGUCUGUGGACAAAUGUAGCAAAACGAAGGGAAAUGUUAAUAAAGAACAGGGGACAGCUAGCCUAGACAUUGCUAGGGAAAUGAAAAGAGCCCAAAAAAAUCAACAGAAAGAGACAGAUCCACCAGGGAGUAAGCCAAGAUCUAAACUGCCAGUUAAAGCCAUAUCAGUUAAGCCAGUAAGUAACCAGUCCAGCAAUGCAAACACUUCAUUCAGUAGAAGGACGGUGCCUGUUAAGAGCGAGAAAGAUACAAGACAGGAACACAUAUCCAGUAUAGAUGGUAGGUCUUCUAAGAUCCCUAUUAAAAACAUAAGUAAAGUAAAUACAACAAUACAGAGGAAAGCUACACCAAAACCUAAGCAGAAACCAAUAGAGAAGGGGGCAACUAAACCAACUCCUUCAAAGUUACCAGUAAAGGGAAUUAGUGGUGAGACAUUAAAGCUUGUGGACCGCCUUUCUGAUGAAGAGAAAAAGAUGCAGCCUGACCUCUCUGAUGAUGAAGACAGUACAUCGAAAAAUACGUCAUUAUCUGAAGCCACCCAAGUGUCCCAGCCUUCAGUAACAUCGAGGUCUGCUAAAGACUUGAAAGCAGACGCAACAUCUUUAAAAUCAAAGAUUGAAAAGACCGACAGUGAGAGAAGGAGCAGUAGAAGGACUGGUCCACAGAGUCCAUGCGAACGUACUGACAUACGGAUGGCCAUAGUUGCUGAUCAUUUAGGACUUAGUUGGACAGAGCUUGCAAGAGAAUUGAAUUUUUCAGUUGAUGAAAUUAAUCAGAUUCGUGUUGAGAAUCCUAAUUCUUUGACCACACAAAGCUUUAUGCUGUUAAAGAAGUGGGUUAUAAGAGAAGGCAAGAAUUCAACAACUGAUGCCUUAACCAAUGUCCUGACGAAGAUCAACCGAAUAGACAUUGUGACAUUGUUGGAAGGCCCAAUAUUUGACUAUGGAAACAUCAGUGGAACGCGAAGUUUUGCAGAUGACAACAAUGUGUUCAAUGACACCGCUGUUGAUGGUUACCCAACAAUCCAAGUGGAACUGGAAACUCCCACUGGCUUGCGUUAUGUGCCUCCCUCCCCCCUACACCAAGAUGAUUUCUUUAGCGAUAACUCUAGCAUAGAGUCCCCCUUUAGAACUCCUAGUAGACUGAGUGACGUGUUAGUAACUCCACAGGGCAAUGGAAACUUUUCAGCUGCUCCACCUGUGGUGGCUGCAGAAGACACGUCACUAGAUGACAGCAGACCUGACUAUUUAAUUCACAGUCCUGGUGCUUCAUAUGAAAUGGCCAUUCAUCGGGUUAAAUUUGAAGAUGUAAAAUUGCACGAUGAACCCCAACAUGAGGGUAGCUACAUUGAAGUUGAAAAGGCUGCUCAAAGAGGAGUGAAAUCUGAGGAGCAUGAGAGAGAUGCAUCUGGUCCUGAGGAGGCGAUGACCGAAGAAAGGCUGAAAUUGCUAUUUAAGCAGCUUCACCUUGAAGAGGUGGAGUCAGAGGAGAUGACUGAAGAGAAGGUGCAGGCUAUCCUCAGAAAUGUUCAACAAGCAGAACAAGAACUUUCUUCAAUUGCAGGUUGGCACACAGAAACAAUGAGCACCCAGGCAGACCAUACAGAGCGGAAAAUCAGCAGCGAACUGUUGGAAAGAUUGGAUGACAGCCAUGAGACUAUUACCUCAUACCUCAAAGGAGAAGUAGGAAGGCUGGAAUCGAGUGUCAGUCCUUCUGAGUCUCUAACAGAAGGUAAGACCAGUUCCAGCACGCUAGAGAAGGACCCAGUGAAAGUGAACGAGAAACAGAAACCAAAAUCACUUCAAGGAACAAGUGGAAGAGGAGAGCAGAAGACGGUAAUAGGAGAGCAUAAGAGCUCAUUACCUGUUAGUGCCAAAAGGACUGGCUUGGAUGAAGGCAGAUCCAGGCCCCACUCCCAUGCAGAUGAGGGAGCAUCUGCAGAAAAGGGGGAUGCAGUAAAAAACAUUCCUGGUGAAUCUGUAACGGAAGAACAGUAUACAGAUGAAGAAGGCAACAUCAUCACAAAAAAAGUGACACGGAAAGUCGUGAGACGGGUUAUGGUUCCACAAGAGAAAAAAGUUGGUGGAACUGUAACAGUUGGGAGUGACACAUACAAAGUGAAAACCAAGAAGGAAGUCCGACACGUUGAGAAGAAAAGUUUUUCAUAAUACCACAGUGCUUGAGGGUCAAUGGUUACUGCCAGUAUUCUGAAGACCAUUUCAGAAGAACAGACAUUUUAGUGGAAAUCACUGAAAAAAAUUAAAGUGUGUGUUUGCCGCUUCCACACAUUAACCGCAUGGGUUUUUUUUAAUGCAAGAAACCUUUAUUUUAGCAUGAGCCAAUUAAACAGAGCAUGGGAAAAUCACCUUCAUUCAGAUGGGGUCAAGGAGUGUGCAGUUUACAAUGCAGUGUAUAUAUGAGGCACCAUGCUGGUCCAGUCAUCUAUCCAAGCAUCGGGAGAUCCCUGCAACACUAUACAAGAAGAUGACAUUGGUUGGACUUGUGAAAGACAUAUAAUAAUCACUAAAUAAGCAACAGUUCGCCUUAUUUUAUCUGAACCCUAAAACUUGGGGUCUAAAAAUGCUCUUUUCUUUUAUAAAUCAUCAAUUGCUGUAAAUAAGUGACACUUGUAUAAAAUUCUAACAAGACUACAGAUCAUGUUAAUAACGCACCAAUCGGAUGUCGCUCACAUAUUCAUAAAUCCAGAUAGACAUCUAGUAAGACUUCACAGAUGGGUGGGUAUACUGGGUGCGUCUUCACAAAAUCUUGUAUAUUAUCAAUUAAAAUGUUUGUAUAUGGAAAAAAAAAUAAACCAAGCCAAGCAGAUUUUACACUAUUUCUUUAAUUCUGCUGCAAGCGUAAAUAGUACACAGGACAAAAAAAACAAACCGGGAAUGUUGGCUGUCCCGGGUGAUUUAAUAUUUUGGUGCAUGUAUCUCACCUUGAUUUGAAUUCAGGUUUUUAUUUUCAACUUUACAAAGGUUACGCUAAACAGGAACCAAACAACAUUUUAGCUAUUCUUCACGCAAAGCCCUUUAUUUAAUCUUGUCGCUAUUGCCAAUAUACUUUCAUGAACUUUGAAGAGAGAAAAAAAAUAAUAUAUUCUUCUACAGUAGUGCGUAGUGAUAGGCACUAACUGUAUUGCUUUUUACGAGGGGUGGGCUUAUGGCUUAAGAGGUGAGACUGUGCUUGGGCAAAGCACAACCAACUGAAAAGGAGCAAUUAGAUCUUAGGCAAGCAGCACGAUGUAAAGUCCUUACUGUAUUGUGUACUGGCUAUAAGAUGUAGACUCUUUUCAGUCAAGCCGAUCAUCUGUAUUCAUUCUAGCAGUGUAAUAUUAGGUUGUUAAUGCUGCUGUGUUUUAAAGGGCAUUUUUAUUUGGGUUUUGGUGAAAUCUUUUUAUUUGUUGAUUCUCUUCAUAUGGAAACAGCAUUCAUUGAUAAUAGCUCUAAUAACAAUGUAUGAAAUCAAAAACACUGGAUGAUCUAGUUGAUUAUUUAAAACAAGAAAAAAUAAAUAAAUUGUGUUUAAAACUGC